AUGCAUUUUUACAUGUUUCGGCCUAAAACUUUUCCCACCCAACAGCACCAGCCGAGUAAAGUGCGCACUGUUGCUACGAAAACAAAUCUUAACGCCUUUAACUGUCGCGGUAUAUUUGAGGUGAACGGCUCCGGCAGGCAGCAAGCUGUUUUACCCUUACCUGAAGACGUCUUCCCUUCACAGGGACUUCCUAUUUGCCAGUGGCUCCGGUUAUCACCAUGCGGAUCUGAGUGA